AUGAAAAUGUUUAGCAACACACGUUUAUCAACAAUUCUUAGUUCUCAAAAAUUAAUCAAAUCUAUUAAACCUUCACAAUUCCCGAUUUAUGGAACGCGUAAUUUAAAACAAUCCAAUUUGAUAAUACAUUCAAGGACUUUAAGAAAUUCUUUUCUCUCUUCGUUUUAUUCCACUACAACGAUAAAUACAACCGUCAAAAAAGCACAAACGCCACAAAGACCUUUACCGGAACUUAAAAAUAAAACUGCUCAAUACAUCAUUUUUGGAAUAAUAGGUGUUGGCUUUUGGAUUGGUGCUAUAAUUGCUUCAUUUAAUUAUCAACGGCUGAAUAGUAGUACUGUACAAGGAAGUCUGUUCAAUUUAAAAUAUCAUCCUAAAUCUAUAGAAUUAUUAGGAAAAAAUAUUAAUUUCGUUUCUAGUUUUCCUUGGAUUAAAGGAAACAUUAAUCAUUUAAAAGGUCAAAUAAAUUUUCAAUACACCGUCAAAGGUGAUAAAGGAAAAGGAAUUAUUCAUUUUCAUUCUAUCCGAGAUGUACAAGACCGUAAAUGGAAAGUUAUAAAGUUUACUUUAACUACUGAAGAUGGAAAAGUCGUUCCAUUGGAUUUGGAUGAAUUAUUUGUAUAG